GGGAGGAGUACAGUGUACGCUGCGGAACGUUGAAAAGAAAGUACACGACUGAGCUGAAUGAAUAUCUAAAGACUUUGGAUAAGGAGGAGCAGCAGCAGAUCCUGAAGGAGAAUGGCAUCAAAAUACCUAAACAACGCAAGGGUGAACAGCAUACCGAAGGUGCGGAGGGUCUGCCUGCCAAACCUCCUAUAAAUGGCUAUAAUAUAUUCUGCAAAGAGCAAAUAGCGUCCAUGUCGGGUAUCGCCAAAAAAGACUAUGUGAGUGUUUGGGCCAAACGCUGGCGAGAUUUGACUGAGCGACAGAGGGGGGAGUACAGGGUGCGCUGCAAAACGUUGAAAAGAAAGUACACGGUUGAGCUGAAUGAAUAUCUAAAGACUUUGGAUAAGGAGGAGCAGCAGCGGAUCCUGAAGGAGAAUGGCAUCAGAAGACCUAAACAGUGCAAGGGGAUUAAUAGAAAAGUGAGGCAUGCAAUACAAUUUCCUGGUGAGCCCAAGAUGCCAUCUCGAUCUGGUAAUGUAAUCUUCUGCAAAAAGCAGAUGGAACUUCUGCAGGAGGAAUUCCCAAAUGCAAAGGAGCGCUUCUUAAAGGUCAACCAAAGUUGGCAGAAGCUCUCUAUAAAGGAGAAGGAACAGUAUAAAGAGAAAGUACAAGUAAACUUCAGAAAAUACUUAAUGGAGCUGGAGAAGUGGUAUAAGACGUUGACGGCAGCAGAGCAGAGCGAUUUUCAAAAACAUAACCCCAGUAAAUGUCGGUACCUCAAUGUCAAAGAAAUUGAAGUUGAGGUCGGUGAAGAACCAUGCUUGAACAUACCAUCGGAUUCAGAAGAUGAAGACAUUGAGGAAAGCAGCAGUGACGAAGAAGUGGUCAAUCUGGACUGGGAUGAGGAUGAGGAGGAGGAAGAGGAAGAAGAAGAUGAUAUCAUGUUUGAGAUGUAUUAGAUUGUGAUGAGAUGGACAGCAGAGGUCUCACACACACACACAGCAUGUUCAGAGCUGGAUUCUGGAUUUGAGAAGAUGGACAAGUGCUUCAGUGGCUGAGUGCCAAAAUAACCGAAACUGUUUCAUGUGCCCAUUGCUCAGAGUAAGAAGUUAAUGGAGAAAUAGAUUUGGGACUUUUAAGUGGGUCCUGCUUUACAACCUAAUCUUGUGGUCUUGUCAUGAAAAUAGGAUCCAUGCAAAAAUACUGUUUGAAGACCAUUAUUUCAUCUGUUGUGUUUCCAUGGUCUGAACUCUCAAAUCAAUUUGUUCAUUUUACCACAGAGCAAAUGUGGGUCUUUUUUAAUAUUCUGUCAUAGGGGAAAAUGUUGAACAUGUACCGAGUGGGAUUCUUCUGGCCCUUACCACAACAUAAUGCAUCUGAUGUUGUCUAUAGCCAGACUAUACAUCCUUGUGAACAAAGGAGACAACAAACUCAGCUGAUUUUCUACUUCUGCUGUUAAGUAAUGAAUAUAUGUAUACAUAAAGUUGUUAUAAAGAGAAAUCUCCAUGGCCAGAAGCCAUUUGGAUUGUGUUUUCUAUUAGUUGGUUGGGGAUUGGUUUUAAUUAAGUGGAAGAACAAAAGAAUUUACCUCAGCAUUGUUUUUUUAAUGUUACGAAGGCUUUCUAAUUAUGCUGUUUGUAAACCCCACAAAUAAAAGAUGUUUAUAAUAA